AUGGACAAAGCAGAGUCGCCAUCAUUUCCAGCCAACCGCGAACAAAACCUCCUUGUCGCGAAGCGCAAGGCCCCCGAAGAACCAAUUACCCUCUCUACUACCAAAAGAAUCAAAAGCUCUCAUGAUGGGUCUACAGAACCAAAUGUUAAGCCUCCAGCUAUAGCCUGGAGGGUUCCUUUCCCAGAGAAGCCUGCAGUCUUAGAAGAAAGAAAUGGUGAGAUCGAAUUCAGAGUUGUUAAUAAUGAUGGCGCCAGAGAGAGUUGGAUUAUUCUCACGGGUCUCAAAUGCUUAUUCCAAAAGCAACUUCCGAAAAUGCCCAAGGAUUAUAUCGCACGUCUCGUUUAUGAUCGUACUCAUUUAUCCAUCGCCAUCAUCAAAAGGCCUCUAGAGGUUAUCGGCGGAAUAUCAUUCCGAGAAUUCCGAGACCGCAAAUUUGCUGAAAUCGUUUUUUGCGCCGUCUCAUCUGAUCAGCAGGUGAAAGGAUACGGAGCACACCUUAUGGGCCAUUUGAAAGAUUACGUCAAAGCUACUUCCCCAGUAAUGCAUUUUCUAACUUACGCUGAUAAUUAUGCUACUGGGUACUUUCAAAAACAAGGCUUUACUAAAGAUAUCACCCUCAAGAAGUCCCUCUGGAUGGGGUAUAUCAAGGAUUACGAAGGAGGGACAAUUAUGCAAUGCUCUAUGCUUCCCCGAAUACGUUAUCUUGAGGCUGGUCGUAUGCUUCUCAAGCAGAAGGAAACUGUACUAGCCAAAAUUCGUGCCGUGAGCAAAAGCCACAUUGUCCAUCGACCGCUUACCCAAUGGGCCAAUAGCGUUAUUACUCCAAUCGAUCCACUCUCUAUCCCUGCCAUCCGGGCAACUGGCUGGUCUCCAGAUAUGGACAAAUUAGCACGGGAACCACGCCGCGGACCUCAUUUCAAUCAACUUCGACGUUUUCUAGGUCAACUUCAAAACCACAAACAAGCAUGGCCCUUCCUCAAUCCAGUCAACAGAGACGAAGUUCCUGAUUAUUACAAUUUCAUUAUAUCACCAAUGGAUCUGUCAAUGGCGGAGGAAAGAUUGCACCAGGAUCAAUAUCUUACCCCAAAAAACCUCGUCGACGAUCUCAAAUUAAUUUUUAGCAACUGUCGGAAGUAUAAUGACGAAACAACGGUAUACACCAAGUGUGCGGUCAGACUGGAGAAGUACAUGUGGAGUCUCAUUAAGGAGAUUCCUGAGUGGCAUGAUUUACUUGAAGAAUGA